AUGGACCAUCAAACAGAAAUGGGUGCUUAUGGUGAAAAUCCUAAUGUUCAAAACAAUGGAAAUUAUAUAACAAUUAUUCCUGUUGAUUAUUCAAGACGUGGAUAUCCUAUUCAAGCAGAGUAUCAAUACAACGAAUUUAGAUCACGUGAAGAGUAUUACAGUGUACAAAGUCAAAAGUUACAAGCUGAAGUGAAUGCUCAUCUGUACUCUGUGUCACAGAGACUGCCACAUUUGUCAUAUAGCCCUCUGGGACGUCACAGCGACUGGGACAAACAUGACCCUCACAAGCCCCUUCAGCCAGACUCCAAAGAGAGUAACAGCUCGGAUUCACUCGAGAAGAGUGUUAUGGGCUCCAACUUAAGUAGUUGUUCGAAUCAAACUGGAUCAAGCAGUAUAGCCGCUGGCUCGUUCAGUACCACAGAACAAAUUACAAGUGGUGGCAGCUCUUCCAGCGCUAUAUCCCCACCAUUACCAGGGUCAUCGGGCAGUACCGCGUCAUCGUCGACCGUGUCUUCGAAUCCCGUGACCUACGUGUAUUUAAUGUCACGCACCGCCGUCAUGGUUGAAAUGAGUUCCGAGGAGGUGCCGUUGUGUGUGACAGCGGCACGGUUCCUCAAUGGAGUGCUGGCAGCCGAAGAGUUGGGUUUAACACAGCCCAGCUCUAGAAGCUUAGCCGCUAAUGUAUUCGCAUUGUGGAUGUGCAGUCCAUUGUUAGAAAUCCAAUUAAAACCACAUCACUGCCCCUGGCAGUUAUGGGCGAACUGGCAAAAACUACUUCAGAGGUACGGCCACGGAUCUGAAUCGAGGCGGGCGAAAGACCAACCUGUGUUGAGGUUACAGCGAAAUGUAUUCUUUCCCAAGCAUUUGGAAGAAGGCAUCAAGGAUUCUAAAAUACAAGAAUUAUUAUACGAAGAAGCAAGAUACAACGUUGUGACGGGCCGGUACCCGUUGGAAAGUGCCCAAGCUGUCAUGUUGGGUGGACUCCAAGCUAGAAUUCAAUUGGGACCGUACGAUCCUCACAGACAUACGGCGAAAUUUUUCAGGGAACAUCAGGAUAAAUAUCUACCGAAGCAUGCACGCUCUGGUCGAUGGGCCCAGUUGCUGCCAGCGGGGCGAAAGGGCAGCCCCGAAGCCAAACUGCUGGAGCAAGCUCAGAGACCGCCGGCAGCGCCACCUAGGAAACUCCGACAUAAAUAUCUGGCUCAUAUUCGGACACACUCCGCUUAUGGGGCGGCAUUUUUCCAAGGUCAGAUCGAGCAGCCGGUGCGCAGCCUGACCAGUCUACUCGCCCACGAGGACAUCCCCGUACUUGUAGCUAUCAACUCCAAUGGCGUUUACGUCAUUGACGACACAGAAAGUACGGUACUCCUUGGGCUACUGUACGAGGAGUUGUCCUGGGACUUCGGUUUACCAUCAGAUGACAAUGAAGACUGCCUGCCCUGUUUAUUUCUGCAGUUCAUGGUUGUAGAGAAUGGGCUACGAGUCUCCAAGAUAUUACAGGUGUUUUCGAAGCAAGCCAUAAUGAUGGACACGCUGAUAGAACACUUCGCGGGCGAGUACCGGAAACGGCUGGGCCAGGAGACGCCUAGCGACCACGCCAACUAUGACUACCACUCUGAUUCCGGCAGUAUAUCACUGCCACCACUCUCCAGACCUGACUCUCCGCAACGGCGGUUGGCUAACAAGCUAUCGAGAUUAGCGCUGGCAACCCACGACGGUAGGGGCAACCUGCUGGGCGGAGCCGGCGACUGGAAUACCGAUCUCAACCAUCCGCAACCCUCAUGGAUAUUGCCUAAACACUAGAACAAAUUAAAUCUUAUGACCAGCGCAGAUUGAAGACAUUUUGUCUGCGACUAAAUUGUCCUUUAUGUUGCUCUCGCAUUCCCUGGUUUUUACGUUCGACGAUAGACAAUUCUCAGUAUAAAUUAUGUUAGUCCUGUCAUAAUAAAACCUUAAAAUUACACAUGUGUUGUGGAAAGUACAUGUCUUUCAUAAAAAGAAAUUUUGCUGACAAAUGAGUUCAUAGUGUGCGGCUUUUAUCAGUUGCUACUACUACAUAAACAGAUGACUUUUGUACACGUACAAAUGUAUGUACCCAUAUUUUUCUAUAUAUACCGAUCAGAGUGCGUUACUUUUUUGAAUGGUCAUAUUUAGAACUACCCUCUAUUCUCUCUAUGAUUCGAAAUAUGACCAUUUGAAAAAGGAUCAGACUUUACGUUCCUUCCUAAAUGUCCUUUGCCGAAUUCCGAAUUCUUUGAGUAUUUAAUUAGCUUUAUUUUAAAAUUCGAACAGAUUUUUUUAAAGAAAGUUAUAAAAUUAACAUUAAUUUUUAAACUCAACUUAUUUUUCA